AAAACAACAAAUCUGUGGUGUACCAUGGAAGCAAAUUGCUUUACAUAUAUCUUGAGACGUCAUGUGAAAAAGAAGCAUGGUGUAAGGCCCUCCGUAUGGCUUCACGCGAUCAGAGUGAAAAACUUAAGUGGUCUAGUCAGUUGUAUGAAGAGUGUCAUCGAUAUCUAGCAUCACUAAAUAUUGAAUAUCAUCCUUUUAUCAUGAGACCAUCAGCAGGAUCAAGUUUUGAUGGCUUAGAAAAGUCCAUAGUAGAGAUUGAAACAAGGCUUGAAGUUGGUGAACCACCGAACGAUAAGGGGACGGAAUGCUCAAGCAAUGCUGGGGGUGCCCCGUCAGAUCUUGAAGAUCUUAGCAAUGGAGACGGAGUGAAUGAUUCACAAGAGCCAAAAGUAGAUGUCAAUGGGAACACUGAAGAAAAGAGGCGUCACUUUGUUGAAAAGAUGAGAGGACCAUGA